AUGGGACAAACUGACAAUGGUGCAUACUCAGCUGUUCGACUUCCAGCACUUCUUGGCAUCUGCGCAAUGGUGAUCAACCAAAACAAAGGACAACGUUUGACCAACAUUCCGGUCGGAUCUCGUAUAGGACGUAGUCGGACAAACUUCGUAUUGAAAAUCAAGUGAGAGUAUUUUAUGGUUUUAUUGUUAUUGUUAUUUUCUUUGGACGGUACGCGAUUAUAGAUUACAUAGUCUAUGGUGGUACUAUGGUCUAUUAACUAUGGUACACACACACACGCACACACACACACACACACACUACACCGCGACCCGCCCACUUCAAUCGAUCGCUACAUUCCUACACUAUUCUUUAUAAUUGUAAGGCGACCGUCAACCUACGCGCCGACGGUUUCGAAAUUCUCGAUAAGUAUUGCUGUUGCUUCUCCAGCCUUCCAGCAGUCGGCGCACUACUCCGCUUUCGCCCUAUUAUUAAAUCCGGUCACGUUUGUCAACACCGAUAUUACACAAAUAAUUAGUGUAUUUUAACUUCAUCCUCUGCCGGUCGGAGCUAUCGUCACCAUUCGUUGACAAGUAAGGGCCCGUUGUUUUGUGUUGCGCGGUUACGUUUGGUUACUCGUUUGUUCGUGUUUGCACGUAAAACGUGCACGUUUUCACCAAAACGUUACACGUUCGCUAUUCUUUUCACUGUUUAAAUCUUUUCUAAUUAUUACAGCUGUAUUUUGGUGUUCCUCCCUUCAGAGUAUUCUAUAAAAUCGGACGUCGGCCGUUUCAGCGUUUCAUCAUCAACCUACUUUCGCGUUUUCAAAAAUAACAGUUUGAACACCGUCGAAAACGUGUAACAAACCGCAAGAUAUCAACAAUGUCGUCAGUCUGUGUGUUCUAUAUAAGAGGAACGUGCCGUUUUGGUAACCGAUGCUGGAAUUCUCAUGAUUUGGGAACCAUCCGCUCUAAUAGUCCUAUUAACAUCAAUCCCGAUCAACGCCUAAGUAAGUAUCAUUGAUAUUAAGAAAAAUAAUAUCACUGACUAUUAUAUUUCUUGGAAUAAUUCACAUCUUGUUAGAAAGUAUUAAAUGUUUUUGCACAUGUUUCUCAUUUAUUUGAGUGUUCAGCAAUGUUUAUUUAAUUAAUAUAGAUGGGUACAAAGUUUUUUAACUAUAGUUAAUUAAAAUUCAGUAAACUUUCUACAUUGCAUAUAGCAUAGGAAAAAUCUUGCCUAUAAUAUUAUUAUUUUCAAUUAUUUAUAGGUAGUUUGAAUUAACAAAUAUGUACUUAAAUUAAAAUAAAUAUAUAUUAUUUACUGAUUAUAUACCCAUAUAUGGUUUAUUUCUGGUUCUGUCAUACUAUACUUGUUUAUCGGGGUGAAUUAGGUACAAUUUUAUAUAUCAGCAGCUUUUUUUUUAAUUUUCACAAUAAGUAUAAGUGGAGUUUUUACAUUGUUAUAUUGAUUUGAUAUUUACAAAUGUAAUGGAGUAGUAUAUUCCUUUUUAAAAGUGUUAAACAUUGCAAUUCUAGACUACACACACUACAUUAAAAAAAUACCUAGAUUUAUUUUACAUAAUUUCAUUAUUAAAGUAUUCAUUUUUGUUUCGUAUUUAUUCUUAGUAUAUGUUUCCACCGAUGACGAAAAUAGUGAACCGACUCUUGCUAGUAACAAUUCUACUGCUGCCUGUAGUUCAAUGAAAUCAAGACGUCGUGAACAGAAGUAUGGAUCUUCAUUAAUAUAUAAUAUAAUGAUUAGUAUUCUGCCCUCAAGCAAAAAUGCCGUAAGUCAUUAGACAACGUUUUUGAGAAAAAAAAUGUUUAUAUCUUCUAAAAUUCAUCAUACCUCUUACAUUUUACUUAUCAAAGUGUGAUAUGAAUUUUCAUAUAGUAUUUUACCUAAUAAAUGCUCUAUGGAAUAAAAAUAAAUAAAUUCUGAAAUAUUUACUUAACUUUUUAUAUUGAUCCUUAGUAUAAUUGGUAUAUAGAACUAUUGAAUAGUCUCGUAAAUAGAAUCCUUGGGUAGUUAUAUAAAUAACAAAUAUUAUAUUAUUUGUAAAUUGUCUAUAUUGUUAUAUUAACUUUUAUUAUAUUUUCAUGAUUUAUUGAUUACAAUAUUACUACAGUAUAACCUAUAUAAAGUGCACAGCUAUGGGGAUUAAAAACCUGUCCACUAUAAGGAGUUGUCUAUUUGGAAAACCUCUACAUAGUGGACAUUUGCGAGAAAUUACUAAAUGUGUACUAUAGGGAGACUCGGUAGAAAAUAAAUAUACAUUGAAACAUCAAUGUAUUAUUUAUUAUAAUAUAAAUGCAUAAUAUGUAUGUAUUAAAAAGUGUAUAAAAAUAUUUAAUGUUUAUGUACAAUUAUAAAAAUCUGUAAUCUAUUUUUGGGUAAAUUUUUUCUGCUCUCCACAAUGAAUUUGCAAAUUGGCUACCAUUGAUAAUGCGAUCUCAUCUUUUUUAUUUUUAAAAUAUGUUUUUAAAUUAUUUAUUGUUUUCCAAACUUCUUCAAAUGUUGGAUUAUAUAUCAACUCGUAUUCUUCUUCUUCCUUUUCUUCGGAUCGUUCAUUUUCUUUUUCACUCGAAAUGUCUAGAUUACAAUUGACUAAAUCUGAUAUUAAUGUAUUAUCUUCUGAGGUUAGAUUAGGUACCUAACCUAAAAUCCAAGUUUUUAAAAACAGUUUUUGACUGUCUGGUUUUAUAUUCUUUAAUGCGGAUUUUAUCCAAAAUAUUAUAUCUAAAACGUUUAUAGAUUUGUUUUCUACAUUUUGAUCCACUCUAGAUAAAAUAUGAUGAAGUAAUCGUUAGCGAUAAUGACUUUAAUUAUUUCUUGAUCUAGUAGUUGGCAAAUUGAAAUUGUAUUUGGAUGUAAGAAUAUUAGUUUUAUAUUUUUUAAGUUAAAUGUAUCAGGAUGUGAGCGAAAUGUAUAACAGACAAAUACAGUAUUUUUAUUACUUAACAUUAAUUUCAACAUGUAUUGUGUCCAUUUAUGAGAAGUGAUUUUUAAUUUUGGUAUCAGUUUUUAGUGUCCACAUCCACUAUUAGAAGUAUCCACUAUUAAAAAGGUUAUAAAUCCUAUUAUUUGCAAACAUUUUUGCUGGGGAAUUUAAAUAUUUUUACUUUUGGGAAGGGUCCAUUAAUAGAGGUUUUACUGUAUAAGUAUAAACACUGCAAAUUAUUAUUUUUAUUUUUAACCUACUAAGCAAAAAUGUCUUAUGUUCAUUAAUAUAUAUAACAUUUUUGCUUAGCAUGGUUUACUUAGUAAAAAUGCAUUUUUUGACUAUUUAAGGCAUUUUGUCAAAACCAAUAUUGCUAAUAGUCAUUUUAUUGAAUAAUAUUUCAAACAUACAGCAUAUGACCUAAAACGUCUGAAUUGUACAAUUUUUUUUGAUGUUUAUAACUCAUUUUUUAAUUUUUUUUAGACUUUCGGCGUUUUUGCUUAGAAAGGCAGUUUUAUUGUAGUUAUUAAUUUUACAUUAGUUUAUUUUUUAGUUUUUCAAAAGUUGCAUGAUAAUAUCAUGUACCUACUUUUUUUUUUAAGUACUGGAAAUUGACAAUAAUUAGUAAUUAAGCGAAGUACUUUAAUAAUUGGCUGAAGUUCACUUUACCACUUUACCAUAUCCCUCGCAAAUUUAAACAAUUUUUUUUAAAAAGAUGUAUUUUUCAACACUUAUUUUUAAAAAAAAAAAAAUUGUGUUCACUAUAAUUAAUAAAAAAGUUAUUACAAAAUACUUCAGGUCAUUAUUUUUCACUUUUUUCUUUGUUACCUACCCGAUAUGGCUUUUAUAACAAAUCAGGGAUUUAUUUUCAAUUUAAAAUUGUGAAUGAAGUUGAUUACAUGCUUAGUCUCACAAAGUAAGGUUUAUUUUUAUACUUUAGACAUUAUCCUCUUUACAGCAUAUAUUUAAAAUAACAAUUUCAAACAUUUUAUUUUUUUAAGGUUUCUUUUGUCAUAACUUCUUUUAUAAAAUUAAAGUACUUUAGUCCAAAUUAUUAUUUAAAAAUAUUAGUAAAUGUAGACAAAUAUUUUAACUUUUUUAUAAAAUGAUAAAAUUGAUUUUAGAUUAAUAUAAUAUGUUCAAUCAUAAUUUUUUUUUUUUUAAUUGUAGGCCAAAGAAUGCAAAUAAAAAUUCAAAUGAAACAAAAUCUGUGUGGACUUUGACAAGUAUGAAUAUAAUAUAUUUUUUUAUGUAAUGAUUUAUUUUUUAAAAAAAAAAAAUUUCAACAUUUUUACAGAUAACAUAACUGGGGAGAAGCUUAAUGGUGACCAGGAUGCUAUUCUUCUAGAAACUGUAAAACAAUUAAAUGAAUCUGAAAACUCUUUAAAAACACUUCGUCAACAGUUACGUAAUAAAACUGAUGGAGACAAUUUUUCCUGGAUGGAACAUCAUAUAGAACAAUCUAUUGAAAGUGAUUUGCAAUGCAAUAUUUGCUAUGAAUUGUUUAUCAAGGUAUUAUUAAUAAUUUAAAUUAUAUGCAAGCAAGUUUUUAAUUUUGUACGAAAUUUAUAGGUCCCAAUAUUAUAUUUAUAGUAUGUAUAGUUAAAUUAUUUUAAAAUUAAUAUAGAGUAAAUGCUAUUCAAUUCAUAAUUUUAAAAAUAUUUUUAUAGUAGCCAUUUUUCUUGCACCAUAUUUAUAGUGAAAUUAGAAAAAUUUCACAACUUGACAAUUUUAGCAUACUUAUUUUUCCAUAACUAACAACAAUAAAAUUAUCUGUAGAAUCUGUCGUUUUAUAUAUAUAGACUAAAUAAAAUAAUAUACUUACGAUACUGCCAUAACUUGCUUACUACUAGUAAAUUUAAUUAAAAUGGAUUUGAGUUUGAUUUAAUCAAAACGUGUCUGUUUUUUCAAAAUUAUGUUACAAUUACUUAUAUGCAACACCUUAAAUAUUGCCAUCCUACUAUUAUAGUACCUAUUGCUAUAUAGUUUUUAAUAGAAGGUAAUUUUUGAUUAAAAACAUAUAAAUCGAUACUAAAAAUAGAUAGGCACUGUUUGUAGGUAAGAAGAUAAGAUUUAUUUAAAACAAAAAAAUUAUUUAGAGUUGAGUUGUAUUAAUUGAUUUCCCUUUUCUUCUUUUUGAGGGCAUUUAAAAAUCAACAAAAAGAACAACCUUGGGAGGUGAAUUGUUUAAAAUAAAGUACUGUCAAUCAAAAAUUUUAAAUAAAAAUUCAUUAAAAGCAAUUUGUUUAGAAAAGUCAAUACUUAUACUAUUAGGAUUACCUAUUUAUUAGUUAUUUUAUUUUAUCAGUUUAUUAAUUAUUAUUGAAUUAUUAUGAAAAAUUUAGCUCUAAAUAAAUUCAAUAGUCUCAUUAAAAACACACAAAAUAUUUUUUUAAACAUUCAUAUUAUAUUAAAAUAUGAUUACUUACACACUUUACUUUGACUGUUAAUAAACUACAGUUACUAAAAUAAGGUUUUUAGUAAAAUAUCUCAGUACUUUAAAUCUCAUUUAUAUGUAUGUUAAAUAAAAAAUUAUAUAUUGUUUAAUCAUGUGAGCUAUAAUUUAUUUAUUUUAUUUUCCAUUUAAAUUUUUUUCAGCCAACUGUACUUAAUUGUUCUCAUACAUUUUGUCACGAAUGCAUAGAAUCAUGGACUAGAAGAGUUAAUCACUGUCCAACCUGUCGAGUUUUUGUUAAAUCCAAGUCACAUUGUUUAACAAUGGAUACAUUUUUAGACAAAAUAGCUGAAUGUUUGCCGGAAGAUAUUAAAGCAAGAAGAGAAUCAGUAAAAGUAGAGCGUAUAAAUAAUAGUAGAGGUAAUAAUUAUAAUAGUUUCUUAAAUACCUAAAUGGUUAUUAAUUAUAAAUUUAUAAUAUUUAGGAGCGGAAUCAGCUAAUAACAGAGGACGUAAUCGCAAUAGUGUUAGAAGAAGGAAUAAUAGAAAUUCAAUGAGACGCACUCUAGGUGUAUUAUGGGGUGAACGUGAUCGUGAUGGAGCAGAAUGGAAUAUUGCACUAGAAGAAGCCUUAUUUGAUCCGAUACGUUUAGGCGAUGUACUUGGUAGAAACAGAAAUGCUGGGGAUGAAUGGGAUGAUGCUAUGUCAGACAGCAGCACAGACAGGUAUAAUACAUACACACUAGAAUACCAUGCUAGGCAAUAGAAAUUAUUAAAGAGCCAACAUACUAAGAGAGUGGACAGCUUAGCUAAUCACUAAUGAACUUAAUUUUUUAUUCGCAGAUAAAAUUAUUAUACUGUUAUGCAUUAUAAUAUAAUAAUAGAUGUUUAAUGUACAUCAUAGAAUACUAUAUAAUAGUUCAAUGUAAGAUAAUAAAGCAGUCCAUAGGAUAUAGAUAAUGGGUCAAUCGAUCAACACACUUUAAAUGGUUGACCACACUCUUAGUUCAUAGAUGAUUUCAAAAUUAUUAUUAUUAUUUUGUAUUGUGCACAUUAACAAUUUAAUUUAAUUUCCUAUUUUACUAAUCUGCUUAUUAGAUGAAUUUUAAGCAUUAUUACUAUUAUAAUUAUAUAUUAUUGUUUGUGUUUUGUGACCAAUUUUUGCACCAAUAUAUUUAUAACUGUAAUUAAAAUAUCAAUACUCAAUUUCAUGCAUUUUGUUAGGUUAGGUUACAACAUGUGUUUUUCCAUGAUAUUGUGUUAUAACAUUAUUUUACCAUUUAGUGUAAACAAAAAUUAUGAUAUUAAUAGUUCGGUAGUAGUGAUGAUGAAAAUGUGUGUACACUGUUUUGACUAUUUCUUCUACAGAUUAUGUUUAUAUGUAUACUUAAUUGAAGAAUAUAGUUUAAAUCUAGAAAUGUAUAAUGGAGUAUGGAUUAUCAAGUGUAAUUUGCUUGGAAUGUUAGAAUUGUGUUAUAAAAGUAUAUGCACAACAUCAUAGGAAAUCAACAUCCAUCAAUGAAAAUUGUUAUCAUAUUUGUUAUUGUCUAUUUGAUGUUUAGUGUUUUAUUAAGAAGGUGAUAAGUUUUAUUAUCUCAGUUUGUUUUGGACAGUUGUAUUAUUAUUAUUGUUUUUUAACUGGAAAGCCUUAUGUAGCAAGGGAAACAAAUGAAUCAAAUAUUCUUAUAAAUAAUUUGACUAUUUUUCAAUAAAAACAACAUAUUAUAUAAUCUACAUGGUUUAUUUUUAUUUAUUUUUUUGAUUACAAAAAUAUCUUAUUCUUAAUUGUAUAUUUAGUAGUUUGGUGGGCUAAUCACUUUAAUAUUAAAUAUUGAAUUAAACAUAACAAUUUUUGGUAUAAUAUAUUUUUUGUAUUAUUUUCAUACAAAUUAAUAAUAAUUGAUUAUUGCUCACAAGUCUAAACAUGUACCUAUAACAUUUGUUUAGUAAAUACACAAAUUAAGUGAUAACUUUCAUUAUGCAUGUUUUGGGUAUUUAAAAAUAAUAAUAACAAUGUUUUUCCUUGGAUAAUAUUUAUUAUUUUUAGUUAUUACUUCAAGGAAAACCUUGUUAUUAUUAUUUUUUGCAUAUAAAUAACAUUGAAUGAUGCUUCUUUUAAAUAUUUGUUUUCACUAAAUGGUCAUUGUUGUGUAGAAUUUUAAAUUGUAGUAAACCAGAUUAAUUUUUACAAGCAACCCUGAUAUUAAGAUGUUUGUUAAUUAAAUUCUGUGUGUAUAGUAUGAUAGUUGUAUAAAUAUUUAAAAAAAAAAUUAUAUUCAUAUGUAUUAUAUAAUUUAAAAUAAAACAAAGCAGUUAGUACUUAGUAAGUAUUAGAUAUUAAAUUAUUUUGACCAGUUUCAGCAAUGUCAGUACUGGGAAAAAAAAAAUGUAUUAAUAAGCAGAUACAUUAUAUCAAAAUAAAUUUAUGUCUAAUGAUACUCGAAAAGUCUAGACUGUCUUAUUUUAAAUCAUACAAUAGGUAUGUUUAUUAUUUAUAACAAAUAACAUUUUAAAUCUAACCCAUUUUGUUAUAACUUGCCUUUGAAACUGUGUUAAUGUUUAAAUUAAUAUAUGUAUAUAAAAUAUUCUGUUCCAUAAUGAUAGAAAUUGAUUAACCUUGCGUAUUAUUUGCAUAACAUUAUAUUUGGCUUCCUUCCAAUUCAAGUGCUUUGUAUAUCACUAUAAAAUACAAAUCUGAUUGAUCAAUUUUAUAUUUUUUUUUUUUCAGCAUAACUGAUACAUCUUAUUUUUCAUUUUGUUUAAAUCAUUAAAAAUAAACAUUAAUUUUGCUUAUAAUGAAUUUUAUGAUUGUUUUAAAAUUAAAAUAAAUAUUGUUAAAUGCUUCAAAUCUUAAAAAUUAAAAACACAUUUUUAAUACAGGAUUUAACUUACCAAUACUAUUAGUAUAUUUUUAUGCAACACAUAAUAAUUAAUAUUUGUAUGUUAUUUCAAAAUUGGUUUUAUCCACAGAAAUUAAUUACUCGAUAUUAGAGAUUUUUACAAAAAAUAAAUUCUCGCUGUAAUAAAAAAAAACUGUAAGUGAAAUGUUAACUCUAUUAAAUUAAAAUAUUUACAACUUUAUGAAAAACUAACAUUGUCAAAAUAUUAGCAGUACAUAACUUACUUUAUAUUAUUUUACAUUUCUAUACUCUAUUCAACUUAAGAGUACACUGGUUUGCGCAUACGUAACUGAGCACUAAAUGUUGCCAGACACCCUUAUUAAUUCAUCAGAAACAAUCAUUAUGUAUGCUGUGCCAUAUUAUCUAAAUACCUACUGCCAAAUAAAUAAUCGUAGUAUACUGUUUCAAUCGAAUUAAGGGGAAACAUAGAAAAAUUACAUUACUUACAACGUAAAUUGUAGCAUGUGUUCAAAUUAUAACAGUAAUGUGUGAGAAAAUAUGUGUACAUUAAAACGAAAUGUUAUCAUUAUUUUGUUUUCUACGAUGUCGUAUACCAUGUGUAUCGAUAGCAGUGAUUGUAUGAAGUGAUACUGAUAACCAGGAGUGGGAAUGCAUGUGUGAAAACAGACGUGGUUUCGUCCGCUGUCCUAGGUACUCUUAAGCUGAAUAGAGUAUAAUAGAUCUUAUAUUUUUUUAAUUUCUUGCAAGUGACUACUUAGUCACUUGCAAGAAAUAGUCACACCUAUUAUUCUUAUGAAUUUUACUAAUACAAUGCAAUGUAUUUACAUUAUAUUAAGAUAUUUAUAUUAUUACUCUAUAUUUGUUUCUGUCAUAAUUUGUAUAUUAUAUAUGUGAGAUCCUGGUUAUAAUCAAAAUUUGUUUGAUAGUAGUAACUAUAAUAUUAUAGAUUUAACAGAUUUAUAUAUUAUAGACAAUUUAUUUAUUAUUUAUACAAAGCCGUGUUUCAUGGUACUUAUACAUUUUAUUAUUUAAUACCUUUAUUCAUUUUUUUUUUUCCGGUCUACAGUAGUAGUAGUAGUUUCAGAUCCCCCCAAGAGAUCCUCGUACUGGACUACCAGUUUUGCUAUUAUUGUCACAGUGAAAGACAUACAUCUACCAACUGUCCUACGGUGUUAGCUGACGAUGAUAUAUUUUGGUAGAAUUAACUUUUUUUUUUUUUCUACAAUCCCAUUAUUUAUUAUUCAAAUAUAUUUUUUUCCUCGAGUGCUUUAUUCUGAGACCACUAAAAUUAAUUAUUAAUUUAAUUCAGAAAACAUAUUUAAUAUUUAUAAUGUAAUUAUUUAUUUAAUUAUUUAUUAGAAGUAGUUUAUUUACAAUAAUUGGGAUAGAAAUGUUUCAAUCAUUAUUUUUCAACUAAUAAUAUAAGCUAUGAUUAAUUACAUAAAUUAAUAAUGUAUAUUUUUUUUUUUUCAUUCAAAUUGGGUCAUUAUAAUUUAUUUUUAUUUAAAAUACAGUAUAAUCAUAAGUUUUAGUGUAUUAUUUAAUACUUAUUCCUUAUUGUAAUCACGUGUUUGAUUACAUGUUUACUAUUAUAAUUAUUAUUAUUAUUAUAUUUAAACUAUUAUAAAUCUAUGUUUUAAUGCUAUUGUAUACGGUUAUUGUACUGGAAAUAAUUAUGUAUAAAAAAAAGCCUUUGUUUUAGCAAUUGGCAUUGCUUAACACUUAAUAGUUUUGUACACCUCUGCAUUAUUUUACACAAAUUGCUUAUUUAUUACAAUAUUAUCAAUAAUUAUACAUACUAAUCAAUGAUAUUACGUUAAUUUACUUCAAUUGGCAUUUUUUUUAAACAUAUUAUGUUAGAUUGAAUUUCAAAUGUUGUCAAAAACAUAUUAUAGAAUAAAAAAAUGUAAAAUUAAUGUUUAAUGAUUUUACUAUAGUAAGGAUUACACUACAUCAUUGAUUAUAUAAUCUAUAACACCAAAUAGAUUGGUUAACCUUUAAAGAAACCUAAAUAUUCGUACACAGCAAACUCAAUUCAAGAAAUCUGAAUAUUAUUUAUGUCCAUUCUACUAAUAUAUUUUGCAAGGCUGGGCAAGUUAAUGAUUUUUUUUUAACUCAGUUAAGUUAAAGUUAAAUUUAAAUAAAGUAAAUUCAUAAUAAUCUAUAUCAAUUCUGCUAGGUUAGAAGUUGACUAAAAGUUAAAAUUACCUUAUUAAAUCAAGUAAAUUUUAAUAAAAUGUACAUAUUGUCUAUUACCUACUAUAAUAGCCUAAUCUACCUGCAACCCUCAACCAGUAACAACUGUAAAAAUUAACACAUUCGUAAGAAUUUGUAUUUUAAAAUGUUCAUAAUAAAUUUAUUUAUUAUUAAAAUUGAAAUCAACUUGUUUGAACACAAAAUUAACUCCUGUUAAUUAAAAGUUAAUUUAUAUUCCUUGAGUUGAGAAUUAAGUUAAUAAUAGUUGAAAAAAAAUGUAUUAAGUUAAAAAGUUAAAUAAACUUAACUUUUUAAUUUAACUUUAACUUGUUAAUGCCCACCCUUGAUAUUUUGUGUCUGCAUUAUUAUUUCAUUUAAUACAAAACAUGCAUAACAUUUAAAAAGGUUGUUUAAUUUGUGCAUGUGGAAUUAAUCUAUAAUAUUUCAAAUAAACUAAUUAUGCAUCAUGAAAUAUUAACAAUGGUCAAUAAUCGGAUAAAAAGUAUGUAUUUUAUCUUAACGUCUUUCCUUGAUACAUAUAGACAGUGUUUAAAAUGGGAUGAGAAAAUUUAAUUUUUUUCAGAGAAGUGUAUGCAAUGUAAUCAUGAUCACCUACAUACAGUAUAAUAUAAUUUAAGUUAUUAUUGAAUUAACAUGACGUCCAAAAUUUAAAUUUAAAGAAACUAAUUUACACCAAGUUAAUUAAAAUAAAUUAUUUUAUAUUGAUUUAUACGUAAUCACACUUUUUAACUUCAUUUUUACCAAACUAUCUUAAAUGUAAGAUUAUUGAUAAUUAUUGUUUUAAUGAGGAAGUUUAUUUUUGAACCCUAUUAACAUAAUAUUUAUUCAUUAUAUGACAUUUUGCUACAGAGAAAUAUAUUAACAUGAACUUUCUACAAACAAAUAUAUCUGGAAAAAAAUUAGAAGUUUACUCUGUGGGUUUCCUGGAAGUUUGGAUUUAGUUGUGCUUUAUAAUGUCCCUCCCCUUCACGUAUUUUGGUAAAUAUAAACUCCCAACUCAAAAGUUUUUCCUGCUUUAAUCUGUACGUAUAAACAAUGAAAAUACUGAAUUGUGCCUGCUUGUGCCAUAAACAAAAACCGAUAUUAUUCUUAGUAAUCUUAAAGACAGAAAAUUUAAAAAAUAAAAAUUAAGAUAUUGUUUACUCUAUAGCAGUCCCUGUCUAUUAGUUAAUUAUCUAUCAUAGACACUUUGGUAUUAUCUUCAGAGUUUUAACUAAAUACUAAAUUGAUUGUUUCUAUAUGUGUGCAACUAUUUAAUGGCUAUUACAAAAUAUUAAAAUGUCGCAUGUUAUGAUUUUUAUAAAUGUUUCAGAUUUUAUUUUCUCGGAUAA